CCGUGCAGAGAGCGGCUGUAAACAAACCAGCAACAACGCAGGAAAAUCGCAGUAGUUGAUUAAAUCAUCGCUGUGGACCCUUCGUGGUGAACAAUCCUGAUAUUUACAGCAAAGAUGUAAUGUGUCAUGUGAUUUAUGAGCUCAGGGUGUCUUUGAAAAACGCUGAUGGUCAUGAGCAGACAAAUGGACACGUUUGACCGUGUAGCAUCCACUAUUUGGAACCCAGCUGACCAUGGAUGAUUGUGGCUUGAAGGAAGAAGAAUUUGAAGAGGAUAUUUGUCCAAGACAGGAAAUAAAAAGGGAAGAAGAGCCUCAUGACAUCAAACAGGAAGACUCUACAGAGUUGAAACAGGAAGUGAAAGAAGAAAAAGGAGAGCCCAGUGUUCUAGAACGUGUGGAUGCAGCAUUCUCCUCCUGCUGCCCGGUACCUCUUAGGGACGUGAAACUAGAAGAUUCCAAUAAUCUACAUGUGGAUUCCACAGGAACAGCAGCAGAGAUCUCCGUAACAUUACAGGAGGAGGAGGAAGAGGAGAUGGAGGAAGACGAAGAGGAGGAGGACAACGACGACGAAGAAGAAGAAGAGGAGGAGGAGGAGAUGGAGGAUGAAGAGGAGGAGGAGGAGGAGGAGGAGGCGGACGACGACGACGAAGAACUCACACAUACAAGGGAUCCACAAAAGAAGUACUUAAGGACAAUGUGCAAAACUUUGGAGAAAAGAAGAGGAAAACUGACAACUGACAAACCUUUUAACUGUAUAAAAUGUGAGAUGGCAUUCAAACACAUAAAUGAUUUAAGAAUGCACCACAAAACUCACAUUGUAAAGAAUUUUGAGAAGCCUUUUGCAAUGGUCAUUGGAACAGAUGGUUUCUGGACAUAUCAGUGUACUACAUGUGGAGAGGUCUUUUCAUCCAGAUGCAAUCUCCAAAUUCACCAGAGAAGUCUGUGUACUACGUGUGGAGAAGCCUUUUCAUGCAGGUGGAAACUCAACGUGCACCAGAGAACCCAUCCUAGAGUAAAGGCUUCUACACACAAAAGCCAGAAAACCCAUACUUGGGAAAAGCCUUAUCGCUGUGGCACAUGUGGAAAAAGCUUUACAGAGAAUGGUCAGCUCAGAAAACACCAGAGAACACAUACUGGGGAAAGGCCUUACCAUUGUAGCACAUGUGGAAUGAGCUUUACAUACAAAAGUAAUCUCAAUGUUCACCAGAGACUCCAUACUGGAGAAAGACCAUUCCAAUGUAGCACAUGUGGAAAGGGUUUUACAAGAAGAAAUCAUCUCAAAAGUCAACUGAGACUCCAUACUGGAGAAAGGCCUUAUCAGUGUACUACACGUGGAAAGGGCUUUAGAAACAAUAGUCAUCUCAAAAGUCAUAUGGGAACCCAGGCAAGAGAAAAGCCUUACCAGUGUAGCACAUGUGGACAGGCCUUUGCAUUCAAAAGCCCUCUAGCUCGCCAUCAGAAGACCCAUAUUGGAGAAAAGCCUUAACAGUGUAACACAUGUGGACAGGCCUUUGCACAUGUACCUUUUCCUUCUUCUCCCCUUUCUUCUGCACAUGGUCCAUGGUAUUUGGUGUUUGACUGUGUGUUGGAGGCAUGCUGUGUUUGUAUGAAGUUCAGGUUUAUACUGUGAGAUUUGAAUUAUGGUGUGGUAAUGUGAGGUUUUGUAGUGUUUGGCUGUGUGUGUGUGUUUGAUCUGAUUCACUGAUUAUGAAAGUAAUAAAGCUAGACCGAUAUAUACAGUAUAUAUCGGUAUCAGGCCGAUAUUUGCAUUUUUUAAAAAUGUAUCGUAUCGGCCGAUACGCAAUAUUUAUUAUUUUAUGUCAUUUGUUUUUUUUUAAAUGCACCAAGACACUUUUUUAUUACUUGAUCGUUAGACAUUACUUGAUUGUUAGAGUGGGUGUUUAAAUGUUACAAGUUCUACCUCAAUUUGAUAAUGUUAAAGGAAUGUUUAUUUUUAAGACCUGGAAUAUUUGUCAUUUUUUAACCUUUUUUUAACCCAUAUCGGCCCCAAAUAUCGGGUAUCGGAAAUUGGGUAUCGGCCAAGGGUGAUGAACUAAAAUCUGUAUCGCAUCGGCCAUUAAAAAACCUGUAUUGGUCGACCCCUAGAAAGUAAUGAAGUCAGAGUUUUAAAAAAAGGCUAAAGAAAAAGUAUAUAGGCCAACUACUGUAUAUAUAGCCUACUAUGUAUUGUACACUGCCUUUAAAAUCAAGAGAUCAUUUGAAUAGAACCUGUGUAGCAGGUCAUAUUGAACCCAUGACAUCAGACUUGUGAUCCAUCAACAUUCAGGAACAGAUUAUAACUAGAAGAAUUCAGAUAGCGCAGACCUCGGCCAAGGAAGCUACUUGAUACAUUUGACCAUUUUGCACCCUAAGUCAUAGGUGGCUAACCCGCGGCUCUUUGCCUGGUGUCGUGCGGCUCUUGCGUUCAUGUCCAAGUUUGUGUUUAUGUCCCAUAGGCAAUAUGCAUUGGAAUUGCGCACGAAGUUGAUUAAAACAUAUGGCAAAUAAGAGCCCUGUGGUCUUGGUACUGUAGUAGGCCUUGCCUAGAUGUGUCCUGAAUGAUAACUUUGGUGUGUGACAAUUGUUACUGCAUUGGCCCAAAUACAAGACGUGAUUUAAGCCUAGGUCUAAAAAUAGCGCUUUAAAAAGUGACCGUGUCUUUCGCUGACUAGACAAAAUAGCGGCAAAAAAUGUUUCAACCUGAAAGAUUUGGCCAUCACUCCUCAAGACAAUACAACUGUCAAUAAGGUCAAGAAAAUGUACUGUCCAUAUUUGUAGAUUCUAUCGCUAGGAUAUGGCGGUAAUAAAUGUGCAAAUGAUUAUCUGCUCAAGAGAGACGCGUCUGUCUGGAGCAGAUGCGCCGAGAAUCUAUGUUCUGCAUAGCCAUCUCUCUGUUAGAAGG